AUGGCGCGCGCAGCUCGCAAUACACAUCCUCAAUCUCCACCAGCCUCCACAUACUCUUCUGUCAUGGCAGACCAAUCCUCAACCAUAGACAAUUCACAGGGCUCCUCCGACAGAUACGCCCCUCAUCUGUCCGAAUUCUAUUCGAUGGUCAACGAACCUCGCAAGAAAAAGAACGCUUCUGGACCUUCGUCCCAGGGCGCAUCGGAGAACGUCUUAGAGUCGCCGAUAAGAUCUACUGCAAACUCUAGUAUCUUCAGAAUACGCCGCCCCUCUUCGCUGCGUUCAGGAUUCAGCUCCAUGACAGAUCUACAGCCCUUAGUCACCAGCAGAGACAUGACACAGACUGUGGACACAAUGCAACAGCUGCUCGCAAACGUCGAGAGCUACGCCCAGGAGCUAGUGGCUACUUCCCAGAGGGCCAGCAUGCUCGCACUGUCCCUGGAGCAGAUGGCGCGUCUUAAGGGUUGUAACGACGAGACCGCGGACAAGUUCUUGAGCUCCAGUGGUCUUUUCCAUUUGAUAGCGAACCACCAGCGGAUUAUGUCGGACUGCAUGACCUCUUCAAUGGUGGAGACACUUGCAAACAGGAUCGACGAAUUCCAGUUCAAGCGGAGAGUGCGAGAGGCCCGCUUCAAGAAGGAGUUCUACGACGAGGCAAAAAAGCUCAAGUUGCAGGAGAAAUACAACCUUCAGUUCUCCAAGCGCAAGACCCGGAACUUGCUGUCCUACCGUGAAAACUUGGCUAACCUCCAACUACAGCUGGAUGAACUUGAAUCGCUAAAACACCGGUAUUACCAGGACUCUAGCGAGAUGGUAGAGGAAUGCUGCAAUGAUGUUCUCAGAGACAUGGCGACCGUAUCGCGAGCGCAGGUCGAGAUAAGUGAGAACAUCGCGCGCAAAGGGUGGUCUGGCGGCGGACUAGACGAUCUAAUGAUUGAUGCUGAUGACCCGUUCAGCAAAGAGGGCCAGAAUGACGACGUGGACGCAGAGGGCGAAAGCAACAUGCUCAAUUCCCCGUUCUCGCAUGUGAAUAGCCGGACCGCAACCCCACGAGCUGAGCCACUGACGUCCACGCCCACGCGGGGCGAAGAGGAUGCAGGGUCCGCCACAAGCGUUCCAAGCGCUCAAAGCUCCACCCAAGAGACGUGCGAAAACUCGUUCUCAUUGCCUGGGCCGCAGGUUCGGCAUUCAGAGAGCAAGCAAGAAAACGAAAACACAGAUACAGAGGACACAGACGCGCCAGGUAUAGGCAAGAAACUACUCGACGGCUUGCAGGACUUCAAGUUGGAGAACGGUAGUACACCAAGCCUAGUCGGUUAG